CGAGGCUAUCUUCUCCAUAUUGUUUAUUUUUCAGAAGUGUACCCAAAUAAAUUUGUAUUGAAUAUACAGCAAUACAGUGAAGAUGCCGCGAAUAAUGAUUAAAGGUGGUGUGUGGAGAAACACGGAGGAUGAAAUAUUAAAAGCAGCUGUAAUGAAAUAUGGCAAGAAUCAAUGGGCCAGAAUUGCUUCCUUACUUCAUAGGAAAUCCGCCAAACAGUGUAAAGCACGAUGGUUUGAGUGGCUGGACCCCAGUAUCAAGAAAACAGAAUGGAGUCGAGAAGAAGAGGAAAAGUUGCUACAUUUGGCCAAGUUGAUGCCCACACAGUGGAGAACCAUUGCACCCAUAGUGGGACGAACAGCGGCGCAGUGUUUAGAACAUUAUGAAUAUCUUCUAGACAAAGCUCAGAACAGAGAUGACAGUGAAGGUGAUCCCAGGAAACUGAAGCCGGGAGAAAUUGAUCCUAAUCCUGAGACAAAGCCUGCCAAACCAGAUCCCAUUGAUAUGGAUGAAGACGAACUUGAAAUGCUGUCAGAAGCAAGAGCUCGUUUAGCCAACACACAAGGCAAAAAAGCAAAGAGAAAAGCCAGAGAAAAACAGUUAGAAGAAGCCAGACGACUAGCAGCUCUGCAGAAAAGACGAGAAUUGCGUGCAGCAGGCAUUGAAAUAAAGAAACAAAAGAAAAGAAGAAGAGGAGUAGACUACAAUGCAGAAAUUCCAUUUGAGAAGAAACCUGCUCCAGGGUUUUAUGACACAUCAGAGGAGGUGUAUGUGGCAGAGGAACCUAACUUCAAAAGAUUACGUCAGCAGAAUUUGGAAGGAGAACGCAGAAGUGACAAGGAGGAGAGAGACAGAAAGAAGGAUAAACAGAAACAGAAAAAGAGAAAAGAAAAUGAUUUACCAGGAGCCAUAGCAAGUCAGAGCAAUUUUCAAGAACCAGUGAAGAAGAGAAGCAAGCUUGUGUUACCAGCUCCACAAAUCUCCGAUCAAGAGCUGGAGGAGGUGGUAAAAGUAGGUCAGACCAGUGAGUAUGCUCGUCAGCAGGCGGAGGAAUCAGGGGGAGGAAAUGUGGCCAGUCAGGCUCUACUACAGGAUUACAACGUCACUCAGGGUGUGGCAAACCUCCGGACCCCCCGCACACCAGCCCUCCAGGACACAGUGCUCCAGGAAGCUCAGAAUUUGAUGGCAUUAAGUGUAGUGGAUACUCCACUGAAAGGUGGACUUAACACUCCUCUCCAUGAGUCGGACUUUGGUGGAGUGACCCCCAAGCAUGCUGUAGCACAGACCCCAAACACUGUUUUGGGAACCCCUAUGCACACCCCAGGAGGUCAAGGUAUGACCCCACGUGGAAUGACCCCUAGGAUGGGUGUGGCUGGCCAGACUCCUCUGAGAACCCCAAUGAGGGACAAACUGAACAUUAACCAGGAAGAAGACUUUGAUGCUGCUGUUAAUGAAAAAUACUAUCAGAGAGAUAUGAAAGACCAGCUCCGCCAGGGUUUGGCAAGUUUGCCUCGACCUAAAAAUGAUUACGAAAUUGUGGUGGAAGAUCUAGGGGAAGAUAUGGAUGAAACAAAUGAAGGGGAGGACUUCAUCGCUGACCAGGCAGAUGUUGACGAACAGUCUGAGGCAGAACAUUUAGCAAAACGUCAGAAAGAAAUGAAACUGAGGUCCCAAUCUGUACAGAGAGAUCUGCCCCGCCCAUCAGACGUCAAUAAAAAUAUCUUACGGGUCACAGGUCCUGGAGACCCGCCCUUAAACGAACUACAGAAGGCUGAGGAAUUGAUAAAGAGAGAGAUGUUGACCAUGCAACAUUAUGAUGCUGUACAUAAUCCUACUCCUGGUCAGCUGGGGAUGGGACCAGGCAAAAAGAACCAGAAAAAUGUCACAUCACAGGCUCAGCAUCUGGCUUAUCUACAGCAACAUCCCUACGACAAAUACACAGAGGAAGAUCUAGAGGAGGCCAGGAACCUGUUGAAGAAGGAGAUGGGGGUGGUGAAGGCAGGGAUGAAUCAUGGAGAACUCUCUUUAGAGUCUUACUCUCAGGUGUGGGACGAGUGUUACUCCCAGGUUCUCUAUCUCCCCUCCCAGAACCGCUACACCAGGGCUAACUUAGCCAGUAAAAAGGACAGGAUUGAGUCACUGGAGAAAAGGCUUGAGGGAAACAGAAACAGUAUGACCAAAGAUGCCAAACAAGCAGCCAAACUGGAAAAGAAGCUGAAAAUUUUACUGGGAGGCUAUCAGUCUCGGUCCCAGGGCUUAAUUAAACAGUUAAAUGAUCUGACAGAGCAGAUAGAACAGACGUAUGUGGAGUAUAAGACGUUUGAGGACCUCAGAAAACACGAGAUUGGAGCCAUCCCAAAAAGAAUGGAGUCCCUGACAGAGGAUGUACAGAGGCAGAUGGAGAGAGAAAAAGAACUACAGAAAAAGUUUGGGGAACUUCAGUACAAAAAAGAUGUUAUUGUCUAUGAUAGCUGAUAAUGCAGUUAUGAAGUGACAAUUCAGUGGUGGUUAAGAUCAUGCAUUAUUUAUGAUGUUGUAUAUACUUCAAGACUAUGGUCCCUCCUUAGCUUAAUACCAAGUUUAACAAAAUAAAUUUGUACAGAAGACUAUGCUAUACUGAGCAGAUAAAAUCCAGAAGGGAAAACACCAGUCUAUGAACUCUGUAAGAAACACACGAUUUGGAAGAUAUUCUGGAUUAGUUUCCUUCAUUCUCUUAAAUGUAUAUUGUAUUUGCAAAGCAAAUAAAAUUUAGAAUUUU